GUCUUCCGUUCCAGCUAUGCAAGUCCAUAGGACUAGAUAGCACUUUCAUGAGACCUGCCUAUCUGAUCUGCGAGAAAGAUGAGGAUUUAACAAAGGAGCUCGUACUCGACCUGUUUGAAGAAAAGGACUCUAUGACAACACAACUGUCCAGUGAAUCCGGUGGACAACCGACCAUCCUUACCCCAGAUAGUACAGUAGAGGCUGAUCCAAAAUCGCCGGAAGCUCCCCGUUCUUCCCCACGCCCACCGUCGGCAUCCCCAACUACGUCGCCAUCGCAGUCCCAGUCAUCAAUACCACCGCCAAUCAAGCCCAAGCCUAAGCGCAAACCGCCACCGCCACCGAAGAAGCCAGCUUUCCUGAGUGUGGGCAGCACAAGCUCGACAUCAACAAGCCCUACAAGGUCGCCAAUUGUGCCGCCCAAGCCUCAAGAGCUUGGAACUUCAAUCCUAGAAAUAGGAAACUUGGACAUCCCAAUCACAAGCACCCCAUCCCCUACUCCAUCACGCCCAAUAAUCACAAUCCGCCGUCUCGACCCAAGCAAGAUCGCCCCGUCACGUUUCCAACAGUCAGACCCUGUGAAUUGGGACGCUGCCACGCCUUCGCCUAGGCGCACAGCUUCGCCCAAACCCUCGCCCACUGUUAGAUUUGCGCCUUCCCCGAGACUCACGCCGUCGAGAUCGCCAGCGCCGCGGCGAGAUAGGUAUGAAAGCCAGGACAGCAAUGGGGAUGCGGACGAGGAGAUCCAGGCGGCGAUUGCGGCGAGUUUGGAAAGCUUCAGAUGAGGUUGGGAUGAUGGAUGAGAUUUGCGGUCCUGCAGCGUAGGUUUGGGCGCUCUCUUGCCAUGGCUUAGGGUACACCUAUAGGCCUUUCAAACUGCAAAUAUAAUACCUGCUUACUAGGCUACUUCUCACAGUAGUAUUAAACGAGCAAGAGUGGAAUCCGUGCAGUGUUGUUCUUGUGUGC